AUGGAGAAAACCGAUUCCCCUCCUGCCGUCCAGGCGGACGACGCGGAAGUUGACCACGUCGAGUCUUACGAAUCCAUCUAUAGCCAAUCCACCUUUGCUCAUCUCAAGACAUAUCUCGUGGUGCUUGCGGCUGGAUUGACGUUUGCUGCCCAAGGUUUUGCCAUUGGAGGAGCUGGAUUGCUCGCUCGAGACAUCACUGCUGUUACUGGUGAUCCAAGUAAUGCCAACUGGUUCACCGUCAUCAUCGGACUCGGGGCGGUGACACUGCAAGCCCCUGUCAGCCAAGCCGCCGAUUACUGGGGCAGGAAAGUGUUCAUGACCUUUUUCUCGGCCAUGGGGUUUGUGGGCUGCAUCAUUGUGUCUCGAGCUCAAAACCCAGCGACGACAAUUGCAGGUUUUACCGUUCUCAGUCUCGGGUCGGGCACCCAGGCUUUGGGGGGAACAAUUUGCUCGGAGGUGCUGCCUCGCAAGUACCGAUCCUACGGUUCUGCGGCAUACCAGUCUUCUGCCUCCUUCGGCGUGAUGGUCGGCGUCAUAUCUGCAGGCGCUCUAGUGAGGCACUCGAACCCUGCCGGUUUCCGAACAUACUUCUACAUCACGGCAGGUUUGUACGCGCUCGCGACUCUGUUCGUCUUCUUCUGCUACCAACCGCCGCUUAGAGAGCUUCAAAAGUCCUUGAACUUCUCCCGGAAACUCCGAAGACUCGACUGGAUCGCGUACUUCCUGGUGGUUUGUGGACUUCUUCUGAUAUGCAUUGGACUCUCUUGGUCUCUGAACCCCUAUCAGUGGUCAAACGCACAUGUAUCCGUACCCUUCGCCCUGGGAUUUGCCCUGGUACUAGCUCUUGUCGUCUAUUCGUGGCGAAUCAAGAAGGACGGGAUGAUCAAUCACGGGCUGUUCCGGCAUCGCAACUUCGCGUUGGUGGUGUUGUGCAUCUUCGCCGAGGGUGUGGCAUUCUUUUGCGCCAACAAUUUUCAGCCGGUCACCACACUCGUGUUCUUUACGACGGAUCCGCUAUACAUCGCACUGCACAUGGCUGUUGCGAUGGGGGCCGCUGUGUUUUUCACAUGCGUUGCAGGACUGUAUUCCAAAAAGACCAAGACCGUCAGGUCUUCACUGACCGUUUCGUUCAUUUCCUUCACGGUCUACGGCAUCGUCAUGGCAACCGUCACACCGUCCACACCCGGCGCGGCCUUUUGGGUCUACCAGAUCUUUGAAGGCGCCGGGUUGGGUAUUUGUCUGAUGGCAAGUGUCGUCGCCGCGCAGUUCGCCACGCCCGUGGAACUGAUCUCCACCGCCACCGGUGUCUUGCUCACGGUACGAAACUUUGGCGGUACGGUCGGAAUCGCCAUCUUCAGUGCCCUUUUGAACUCCGGUAUGAGCAGUUUGGGCUCCAAUAUCGCAGCCAAAACACUGCCGAUGGGAUUGCCACCGUCAUCACUAGGGGCCUUGAUCAGCAGUUUGGUGGCCUCAGACUACGCUGCCUUGUCACGUAUCCCCGGGGUAACACCCGAAAUUAUUGGUGCAGCUUCUGAGGUUUUGCUCAACAACUACAAGGUCGGCCUGCGCAAUGGAUGGAUAUUCACGGCCGCGGCAAGCGCACUCGCCGUCGUCGGUUCCAUAUUCCUGAUUGACCCUAAGACGGAGUUCAAUGCCCAUAUUGAUGCUCCAGUCUUUGAACGUCCCGAGGCUGGUGCAGAGCAAGGGCACAGCGAGAACCAGGACGGUUUCGGACAGAGAUGGGUGGCAUCGAAAGUGGGUAGAGACAUCGCCUAA